AUGGCUGCCGCUGUUUAUUUGAGAGUCACUGACGCUGAUGGGAACACAAAGGUCUCACUUUUGUGUUCAAAAACGCAAGUAGCACCGCUGAAGACCAUGACAACUCCACGCUUGGAAUUAUCUGCUGCAUGGUUGCUUACACAACUGAUACUUCAUGUCAAGGAAGUUCAGUCGCUAGAAAAUGUCAGGAUCAACCUCUGGACUGACUCCGCCUUGACUCUCGCAUGGAUUAAAAGUCCAGCAACCCGCUGGAAGACAUUCAUCCGCAAUAAAGUGGGAAAAAUUCAAGAAACGCUUCGAGAUAUCUCCUGGAAAUUUAUACCAGGAAAACAAAACCCCGCUGACUGCGCUUCAAGAGGUAUACCAACGCUAAAGCUAAAACAACACGCUCUCUGGUGGCAUGGACCGACUUGGCUUCAUGAACCGGAAUCCUCUUGGCCCACUCUAGAGCCUCCAGCUGACAACGCAACGCAUCGAGAAGAACGCCAAGACCUGGAGCGCGCUAAAUUUACCUUGAUAAAGUUCACUCAAGGACAAUACUUCGCUAGAGAGAUUCACACGCUUCAAGAUGGAGAUGGUCUGCCGAAAGAUAACUGCAUCACCAAGCUGACUCCGUUCAUCGAUCAUCAGGGGGUCCUGAGAGUCGUUGGCCGCUUGAAACACGCAUUGCUGGACCCAGAAGAAAAGCAUUCAGCGAUUCUACCACGACAAUCACCGCUUACAUCAAUCCUGAUUGAUGAUUCGCACCACAAAACGCUUCACGGAGGUACUCAGCUUACGCUCGCUGACUUAUGCAAGAGCGUCUGGAUCAUUGGAGGCCAUGUUCCAGUCAGAUCAUUCAUAUUACGCUGCGCUAUCUGCACUAGACACCGUGGAGAACGCGCUCAACAGUUGAUGGGUCAACUACCUGCCGCACGAGUGCAGCCAACUCGAGCUUUCCUGCAUACAGGACUCGACUACGCUAGACCUAUCACGCUGAAAACUUUUCAAGGACGUGGAACAAUAACAUACAAAGGCUGUAUGUUCGUCUGCAUGUCUGUAUGUCUUCGUCUGCAUGUUCAGCUCAGCUGUACAUCUAGAGCUAGUCACUAA